AUGUAUGUCAGAAAAAUGCAUUGAAAAAAUGUUUAUUAGUCUAUGGCAUUAUUUUAGAGGUUAAUAAAGCUCCAGCUCGUCUUCUAGUCUAUGAACAGUUGUUGUCAGUGGGACGCCUGGGGUGGUUGUGCGGUUUUAAAUUUGGUUUCUAUUUAUUUUGAAUCUCAUUUGUUUUCUGGGUUAAUUUAUGAAUUAAACCAUUAGCACUUGUUCUAAUUGUAUUAAAAUUUAAAUAUCUUUUAACUUUUCAUUUAUCAAAUACUGUUUUUUACUAUCAUGAUGCAAGAAACCGUUACAAACACCAACGAUAGGAAAUCGUUGUUUUCAUCGUUAUUGGAGGUGUUGGAAGCUCGGGAGAAACAGGCCCAAGUAGACAGGCAGCUGCAGGAAGAGAAAUAUUUGAGAAGAACUCAGAGGAUAUAUGAUUAUCACGAGCGUCAGCGGCGUGAGGCGGUGGAGCUGCGGCGCUGCCUGGACUACGUGUCUCAGCACGCGCACGUGCUGGAGUCGGUGCUGCGCGGCGCGGGCAGCGCGGGCGGCGCGCCCGGCGCCGACGCGCCGCUCAGCGCCUCGCUGGUGCGCCAGGCCGCUGCUCUGCAGCGCUGCAUGGCGCAGUGUGUCGCCAACGCCAGCAGGAUCCGCCAUCUACUCACUGCUACGCACCAGCCGCAGAUGGACACUAUGCUCGCUAAAAUGGAGGCGGAGCUGAGCACGUGGACGGCGUUCCUGCAGCGCGCCGUGGACGCCACCUACAACACCGAGGUCGUCAUCGACAACCUGCACAACAUGAUCGCGGAACAGCGUCGCUACGUGCGCGAGGUGUCGUCCAGCAGCGUGUUCACGUCGCUGUGCGGCGACAGCGCGGGCGAGGCGGAGGGCGCGGACGGCGCGGGGGGCGCGGACCGCUCGCCGCUGGACCGGCGCGCGCCCUCCGUGGCCUGCAGCACGCCCAUCGCGCGCGACUAGCCCCCGCCGCGCCCGCGCCUUGCCAUGCGUCGUGAUCUCAAUGUGAGUGCUGCGGGAAGGAGGAACACCCGACCCAAAAUAAAUAGCUGCCAGCUGAUGUAACGCGCUGACCUUCACGUACCUAUUCGAAACUAUAUUUUUGUGAUCUUGUAAUCAAUAUAUGUAAUACCUCGAAACACUCGACACUUGAUAUUCCCCUGAAUAUUUAAUGUUACGAUCAUAAGGCUCGAUAGCGUUUCGUCUGCUUGCUAAGGCUCACCGCACACUGUGCCGUUCCGGUGGUGUAUCUGAAAUCUGUUGAUUACAAUGUCCACAUCAUUUCUUGACUCCACGAGUAAAGACGAGUUGUUUCCCUGUGGAGGUCCAGUGCGCGGUGAGCUUUACUCGUUCCGUGUCUGCACGGCCGCCCGAAAUAAACGAUUUAUAUGAAGUCAUUCUGCGAUAAGCCCGAGUCUCGAGUCGAUCAUGUAAUGUAAUGUGAGAGUACAAAUAUACACGUGUUACCCGGCGCUGCCUUAUAUUACUCUGUGUGUUCAAAGCUAUUGUCUAAUAUAUUAUGCCUGAUUUUGUUUUAUGUACACAUUAUUAUUACAUAUUAUAUUAAUAUUAAGAUUGUAUUUAUUAGCUUUAAAAACUACUUGCUCGCUGUUGUUACUGUUGAUGUAUGGAAGCUCAGCCUUUUAAAAUCAAAAUUUAUAAUCUUAACUAAGUGUUAAUGUAAAAUAGUUUUUUUUAAAUUUGUUAUAUAUUAGUGUGGUUACAUAACUAGUGUGCUCGUUCCUGAGCAAAUAGUUUGUGAGGAUGUGAGCGACACGAGUUGUCUUCCGUAGUAGUUCACUAUUCCACUAAUACUUGUAUAUGCUAUUAGUGUUAUUGUUUCGAUGGUGCUGUAUGUGAGUGUCCUCGUGCUGCUCUGCCGCCGAGCGCCGCUCCUCGGUGUACGUUAGCGGACCGCACACUCCGAAAGCUCACUCGGCAUUGUCUAUUAAUAGCUACUCUAAGGUUUUGAAAACUUUUACAUUAAUGGGGAUGUUGUCUGGGUGAUGGGUUAACUGGUUUGACUAGGUACAACUUUUUGGUACGCUUCUUAAGCCUAAUACUUAAGAAGUGGCGGUUCAAAACUUCCUGAUCUGAUAGCGGCUAAUCGACCGACGAUUUCAAUCACCGCUUUUUAAUUUUAAUUGAAUUCGUCUAACAACAUUAAAUAAAGUGAAAUUUUUUAAUAAAAUUGUAGCAUACACCACAACAAAGGGGGAGGCCUUUGCCCAGCAGUGGGAUCUAAAACAGGCUACAUAAAAAAAAUACACCACACUGCCGGACAUUAAACAAACAGCUGACAGCUGACAUCCCUGUUAUAUUAGCGGAAGCACACGCACCGGCGCUCGUCCUUGACACUUCUUGUUCUUGUAGGUCAGGGGAUACCUCAUUCUCACAGAUAGGUCAUUUUGUGAAUGUGCACGUGGGAUAUUACGCGAAUGGACACUGAAUUAUAAUACUGGCGCCGUUUGGCGAGCGCCGGCCCGUCGACGGCUUGUGUGCUUUCAUUCCGGUAUAUUUACUAUUUACGUCUUGUCUUGUACUGUAUGUAGCAAAUUCUCAAUAAAACAGUAUUAGUAAACAUUUUAUUAACUUUCAACAUUUGAAGUAAUGUUAUAAGGUAUGUUACAAUAAAUCAAGAAGAGAGUGGCCAAAUUUUAUUUAGUGCUUGUAUUUAGUACAGAGAUACGAAGCUGAAGGCUCUGAUCAGAGGACUGUGUGAAAACCUUUUGGACAUGUUAGCUACUCCGUGCGAAAUGUGUAAAUAUAUGUUUUAAUAUAAAGCCUGUUAAUAAAAAUGCUAAAAGUGUUGUUUAAGACAGAUUAAUAUAGAAUUUGGAUAUAUUAUAAUUAAUGAUUAGGCUCACAGCCGCCUCGCAAUGUGAUAUCUCAACGAAACAUAUAAUGUUUUUAGUAAUCCACUUAGGUGUUGAAGUGGGCCUAGCCGAACCUAGCGCACUCGUCGACGUGUUACUAGUUAACUGUUGCUGCCUCUGAUGCCGAGCGCGGCGCGAUUACUGCAUGCUGUCGUUUAUAUUAAACUGUUCAUAGAUCAAAGAGAGAAUUAGUAUUCGUGUUGACAAAUAGUUUGUAACCUCUAGCUAGUUAAAUAUAUAUUGAUGUUUACACAAUUAUCUGUAUUUUACAAAUUUUGUCUCUGUCUUUGUAUCCUUAAAGAGUUUUGCUUAAUGUGUGCUCGUGUUGUGUUGUAACUGCGGCACUGGACCCAGUACAGAGUCGCCCGCGUCGGCAGUCCGGCCCGCGCGGACGCGGCCCGGACAACACGACGCGCGCACUCACUACAUUCCAGAGUUUACGUAUUUUGUGUACUAUGUCAAAAUAAAAAGUGAUCGUUUUAAAA